AUGAACUUUUAUUGGACUCAACGCUGUUUCAUACAACAAUACAUUUUAAAAAAGCCUUUUAUAUAUAUUUAUCUAGUUUCUACAAUCUUCUUCAAGAAAAUCCGUAGAAAUGAUAAACUACCCGCUGAUUGGAGAUGUCUCUGGCAAAAAAUGGCAUUAAUGCGACCAUUAACACAAAUCACACAUGAAACUAGAUAUUCUGCCAUCUAA